UUAACAUAAACAGGAAAUCGCCCGAAAAUAGAUUAGGGGGGCCUGUCAAAUAUUGUAAGUUGCAACAACGUUUGACGACAAAUGAAAUAAUGGGUUUGGAGCCUUUAGAGUUUGCCGAAUGCUUGACAGACAGUCCUUCCUUCAGGGAAAAACUACAUGAUCACGAAAAAGAGCUUGAUAGGACAAAUAAGGCCAUCAAGUCUCUGGUGAAUGAUGGCAAGGAACUUGUCAAUGCAGCCAAACAAAUGGGUAAAGCAUGGCAAAGUUUUGCACAGAAAAUGAUGGAUUUCAAAUUUGAGUGCAUUGGAGAAAAACUGACAGAUGAUGAAGAAAAAAUAGCUGGUUCCUUAAAGGAGUUUGGGAAGCUGAUAUUGAGAGUUGAAGAGGAGAGAGAUAGAAUGUUGUCAAAGGUGACAGACUUUUUCCAGCAAUUGGACAAAUUCAGGAAGGAUCAGAUAGGUUCAGUCAAGGAGGAGAAGAAAGCCUUUGAUAGACAUACGGCCAAAAUCUGCCAGUCUUUGGAGAGAUAUCUAAACCUGAAGUCCAAAAUGAAUGACAACACCCUCCAAGAGGCUGAUGCCACUCUUGAGAUGGAAUUCCGAAGCUUUAGAGAAUGCUCCAUGAAAUAUGUCCUUAAAUUACAAGAGGUUCAGGAAAGAAAGAAAUUUGAUUUUGUAGAAACAAUUUUAGCCUUUAUGUAUAGUUUGUUCACAUUUUACCACCAAGGUUUUGAUGCCAGUAAUGAACUCAAAGAGUCCUCUAUGCAUCUCCAGAAAAUCCUUCAGAAGACACGGGAAAGUUUUGAAAGUCAAAAGGAAUACACAGAGACUUUGAUGUUUAAGAUGUUGGACAAUCGGAAACCUAGUGGGGUGACCCAGACCAACAAAGGCUGUACAAAAGAGGGAUAUCUGUACCUAAUGGAGAAAAAGGUGAUGGGGACGACCUGGACCAAAUAUUACUGCUGGUACAAGAAAGAGGGCAAGAUAUUUCACAUGAUGCCCUACAAUCAGGUCACUGGAAAACUGAGCCAACCUGUUACUGAGAAGUUUACACUGAAAUCUUGUAUAAGGCGAGCCUCCCAGACUAUCGACAAAAGAUUCUGUUUUGACAUCACUGUGGACGGAAGGGCUGACACGCUGACAUUCCAGGCCUUGUCGGAUGAUGACAGGAAGUUAUGGAUGGAUGCCAUGGAUGGCCGGGAACCAGUAUACACCACCCCAAACACUUCAUCAGAGGACUCUUCAUUAGAUGACAUAGGAUUUUCAUUUAUCAAACGAUGUAUAGCAGCUGUGGAAUCUAGAGGACUACAGGAGCAAGGCUUAUAUAGAUUGGUGGGAGUUAACUCCAAAGUUAAUAAGCUGAUGUCCCAAGGCCUAGAUCCAAAGAAAAGAGACAAAAUUGAUAUUUGUGACCCAAACCAGUUUGAAAUUAAGACUAUAACAAGUGCUGUUAAAAAUUAUCUCAGAUCACUGCCAGAACCAUUAAUGACUUUCAAACUACACAAACCAUUGAUACAAGCUGCAAAAUGUCGCGGUUCAGAAGAACGAGAAUCCAAAACUCUGCGUAUCCAUGACAUCCACACCUUAAUCCACAGACUGCCGCAGGCAAACUUUGAAAUGCUGGACAUCCUGAUCGACCAUUUAAGGAAAAUAGCCGAGUUCCAGGAUAAGAACUUGAUGACUGUAGCUAACCUUGGUGUUUGUUUUGGUCCGACGCUGAUGAGGGCCGAGGAGGAAUCGGUGGCAGCCAUUAUGGAUAUCAAGUUCCUCAACAUCAUUGUAGAGAUCCUUAUCAACAAUUACGAGAGAAUUUUCAAGACGCCACCAGAAGAUGCGGACCCCAGUGAGAUCCGCUGCCCUCUCCCUAGUGCCUCCCAAUCAGUGACUGAUAAAUUCACCCCCGGGGUCAACCACACUUCCCUAGAUGUAUCUAGUCAAAACCAGCAGCCCCUCUACAUCAACAAAGCCCCUCCUGUCCCCAAUACAAGCACCCCCACCACCUAUGUUCAGAAACCCAAGCUCCGAUCAGUGGACAUUUACAAUCCAGAUACCAAAAGUUUUGAGACUCAUGGGAGCAGUAGCGACAGUUCCGAGUCCCUGAACUCCAGUCUGUCUAACAGUGCCUCCGCAAUGUCAUCCCCCCUCCCACAGUUCGACAGUCACAAGAAACACCCAGCUCCAGCCAUACCGGGAAACACUCAGUACAGUAAUGUAUCGGGAUUAGCAAACAAAUUUAUGAAUGACCUAUCAGGAUCAGAUGUUCCUACAUUUGACCAGUCACUACGCAGAUCUCUGUGGAUUUCAUCCAAAACCAAAAUGUUUGAGAGUGGAAGCAUCAAGAAACGUGGGUCCAAUGAUUCUUCCUAUGCAGCAUCAAUGACUUCCUCGGCUCCCAGUAUGACCAGUAGUCUGUCAGGUAGCUUACCAGGAAUGGGAAACUCCAACAAUGUCAACAAAACCAAAAAGAGGACAGCUAGAACACUUUACCAGUGCUUGGCUGACAAUGAAUCAGAAUUGUCUUUUGAGCCAAAUGUCAUCAUUCAGAAUGUGAGAGAAUCCAAGGAGCCAGGAUGGUUGGAAGGAUCAUUAAAUGGGAAGCGAGGAUUGAUCCCGGAGAACUAUGUAGAGUUUGUAGACUGACCCUGCUCCUACAGUGGCCUUAUUGUGUGACCGCCAGGAUGUCACCCCCGGAGGAUAGAGACAUCUGUAUAUACUCAUCUACAUCAUCUUAUCAUGGAGAUUGUCAAGAUGUGAUUCACUGUGCUGGACAUGGUGGGAGUUACAAAGGGGAGUAACAAAGGGUCAUGUGACUAAAGGGUCAUGUGAUCAGUCACAUGACCAAAGGCCACUGUUUUAAAUAUUGGCAGAAAAUGAAUGCAAUAGUGAGUGUGAUGUAUAGUUGUUGGUAUUUUGUUUAUUAUUUACUUGGAUUUCAAACCAUAUUUUUUACAUGUCCAUAUGAUGAUGUAUUUAAAUUAUUAGAAAUAAGACUUCUUUCAUAAUGUGUACAUUUUGUGGUAAUUAAUGUACUUCUGCCAUCUUUGUCACAAGAAUUGUAAUGCAGUUCUCUUUUCUUUAAUAUUUUAUCUAAGAAGCUAAGAUCAUUUAAAGAUGAAGGUCAAAUUUGCAGCCAGUUUAUAGUUUUUUUAAGGAUUAAAAAAACUUCUGUCUCACUGGUUAACAUUCCUAGUGUUUACAGGUAUCUUUACCUUGUAAUCUUUACAAUGUGUUUACACUGUAUUCUAUGUUUACACUUUACGUACUGUUUCACGCUAUUGCCUUUACACUAUGUCUAAACUGUCAAGCUGUCUGCAUGUUUACUAUUCAUUUAUUGCUUAAAUGCAAAGUUAUUUAAUAGCUUGUCUAAUCAUAUUAUACUUCAUAUUAGCACCUAUUAUUUCUGUCACAGUUUAUUAUGAAACUUAAAACAGUAUUAUCAUCAUAUAGUUGAGGGAAAUUUCUUAAAGAUUCAAAGACAUUUUCUAGAACCUUUGUUUUUAAGAGAUUUAUUACUUCUUUACACAGUGUAGGAAUCAUGAAUAUAUAUACUGCAACAUUUAGGAUUUUGUAUGCAUUGAGAUUCACGCAGACCUUUCCUCCAAACACAUAAACAAGAUGAAAUUGUGUCUUUUUUUAUUAAUUUUCAGUGAUUUUUUUUUUUUUGCUUUAUGCAGCUUUUGGAUUUUUUGUUGUAUAAGAUUUAGUUUCAUGGUUGUUUUUUAAAUAUUGGUAUACUGCUUUCUCACUGUUGGUAGAUAUAUUUGGCAAAGACCAAACUUUAGGAGGUUAAAUAUUUCACAUAUAAAGAAGAUGGGCGUAUAAGGCGGGCAGAAUGCCUAUAGCGCGACAGAUAAGAAGUGAAAAAAAUUUAAUCUCAAUUAUAUCCAAAUUUUAUUUCAUAUUUCAUCUAAUAUUAAAGUAUACUUUAUGUAAAAUCUCUAUAAUUUACAAAAAUCUCACAAAAACUGAAAAUAUUUGCCUAUGAAAAAGCAUACACAGACUUAAAAGAACAAAAACAAUCAUUUUUUCAUACUUUAAUAAAAUUUUUCAAUGUGAGUGGGUCUUCGCUCCAUUUUUUUGAAAGAUAAUCCUAAAAGUUUGCGAUAAAAUACAUAUUUUUGGGUUUACAAAAAAAUGGAGGGAAGACCCACUAUACCUUAAAAAUACACUUUUAUGACAAAACAUUCGCAUCUUUCCGCGAAAUACUUCAAGUCCAUUAAGUCAAGGGUCAUAUCACAAACAUGAUUUAAAUGCCACAACAAUACAUGAGCCAUGUAGCAUAGUGGUUAGUGCGUUAGUCUCAAAGCAGUCUGAUACAUCGGUAUUUUAUUGCUGGGGUUCGAAUCCCAGGAAUAACAUGGAUUAUUUUUAUGAAUGAAAUUUUUUAAAGAGAUUUAUUUUUUCUCAGAAAAUGUUUUUUUUUC